UCGUUGCUCGAUCAUCACCGCCUUUUGGUCGUCAGGUCUCCACUGCUGUCGUUGUCGUGUCGCGUUUUCAACCGGUCCUUUCCGCGUACACACACACACACACACACAUACAUACACAUUAUUAUGUUCUAAUUGCCAUUGUGUCGAUCGGAGUCGUCGCCAGAGUUGCCCCUGAUCGUUAUGUAAAACGGUCGCAUCUCUGUCAGUAAAGAAAUCACGUGCACGCCGUUUAAAUAUACAUAUUAUUAUACAUAUUGUAUUUUUACAGAAGACAUGAAUCAGACGUGUAAAGUGUGCGAAGAGCCGGCCGCAGGUUUUCAUUUCGGAGCUUUUACGUGUGAAGGUUGCAAGUCUUUUUUCGGACGGGCACACGCCAAUCCAACGAGAGCUGUGACGGAAUGCAAGUCCGGCGGAGGUAAUUGCGUGAUAGACAAGAAAACCCGUACUUCAUGCAAAGGAUGCCGGCUGAAGAAGUGCUUGACUGUGGGCAUGUCGAAAAACGGUUCCCGGUACGGUCGCCGAUCCAACUGGUUCAAAAUGCAUUGUCUCUUACAAGAACAGCAACAGCACAACCGGCACGUCCGAUCGGAAGUGAGAUUUGACACCAGCUCAAUAGCAUCUCUGCUUUUCGCGCCAAAAACUUGGGUUCCUUUGUUGCAAACCAAGUGUUCAGUAUUUCACAAACCAAACGAUGAAGACGAACACCACCGGCCGAUCGACCUCCGAGUACGACAGACUUCCACAACCGAAAACGGCGAUGAUGACAACAAUAACGGUAUAUCCAAAUAUAGAAUUCGAGAGAUCUGGAAACUCUCGAAAGAGGAAAAUCCGCUCAUAGUGCCACUCGACUUAACCCGAAAUAAUAGAGAUCACAUCCGUUUGAACUUGACCUCGUAAAGUUAUAUUUGGAUUUCAUUAGAAAAAACUUAUUAGAUUCUAAUCCAGUAUGAUCUACCACAAGUUUUAAGAUCCCUCCCCUAUUACUACUUCCCUACUGACACACGACUCAUUUAAAAACUGUGUAUAUUCUGAUACUCGUUCAUUUACUACAUAGUUUUUAAUUAUUUAUUGUAAUUAUGAGUCUGUUAAUUAUAAUAUAACGCCAUUAAACGGCACGGCGUAAUAAUUAUUGGUGAUUGUAGUAGGUAUUAUAUUUUGAUCAUUUUAUGUUAGUCAGA